AUGGCCCUUCUCAACGUUUCUGAUUCAUGGAUCAUCAUCUCGGCCACGUCGAAGCUCUUCUUUCUUCAACGAAAAGGAAAAGAUUUGGAAACGACUUCACAUAAGAUAAUCGAUGUGACGGAGGUAUCAACGAGUCUCCCAUUUGUGCGUACCACCUACGAGUUGGAGGAAAACGUUCGAACGAAUCAGGGGGAGAAAAUUGAGAUGUGUUGUUCAGCGAUUUCUCGAGACGGACAACUCUUUGCUGUGGCGAUUUCGUCGAAGAUUUGUCUGAUAUACUCCCUGUCUUCAUCGAUUGAAAUGAAGCGAGCAUUCCGAGUGCCAAAAGCCCCAUCAGUAAUCACUUUUGAUCCACAAGGAGAACAUUUGAAAAUGAAACGCAAGGUAUUA